AUGACUGAAAAGAUCCUUUCAAUCUCUGACCUCGAAGCUGCUGCUUCGAAAGUAUUACCAACUUCGGUACGAGAGUUCUACAACUCCGGUGCGACAGGACAAGUUACAGUCCGUGACAACUCUUUAGCGUUUCGAAAAUAUCGCUUGCUACCAAGGGUCCUGAGAGAUGUUUCGAGGGUUAGCACCGAAAUUCCUCUAUGGGGGAGAAACAUCGCCUUUCCUCUCUGUGUGUCUCCAGCCGGCAUACAAGCGAUGGCCCACCCGGACGGGGAACUGGCGACAAGCAGAGCGUGCGCUAAAAUGAACGUUAACAUGGGCGUUUCGUCCUUCAGCAAUCAUUCUGUCGAGGACAUUGUCGCAGCAGGCAUGGCUGUCGGGCCGGUUCAUCAUGUCAUGCAGCUUUAUUCCAUGAAGGAUCGGAAAACGGAAGAAGGCAUUAUUCGACGCGCUGAAGCAGCUGGCUGCAAGGCGGUUUUUCUCACGGCGGAUAGCCCUGUACUAGGAUUCCGCUACAAUGAAUGGAGGAGUGGGUUCCAACCGCCCUCCGGGAUAGGAUAUCCCAUGCUGAACAAGUCUCCCGAUGAUAUUGCCCGACAAUCCCACGAUGAUGGAUUCAAGUCGUUUAAUUCAGACUCUCAUUCUUGGACUAAAGAGAUUUCAUGGUUGCGGAGCGUGACAAAUAUGGAAAUUUGGAUCAAGGGAGUGCUCACCCCAGAGGAUGUGGAACUGGCAGUUGAAUAUAACUGUGAUGGGGUCAUCGUUAGCAAUCAUGGGGGCCGGCAAUUGGAUGAGACACCAGCAACUAUUGAUGUACUCCAAGCUUGUGCCCAAGCAGCGAAAGGGCGAAUCCGAAUCCACGUUGAUGGAGGAAUCAGAUCUGGUGCUGAUAUUUUCAAAGCAUUGGCUCUGGGAGCAGAAUGUUGCUGGGUUGGUCGACCUGCACUCUGGGGGUUGGCGUAUAACGGCGAACAAGGAGUUGAAUUAAUGCUCAGGAUCCUAUAUGAAGAGUUCAGAAGAUGUAUGCAGCUGGUAGGAUGUACGUCGGUUUCCGAGAUCAGUCCAGCUAAUCUUGGGGUCAUCCGAGGUGAAGGACCGUUGGCAAGGUUGUAA